AUGGUUGAUACAAGACGUACGAAGAGUAACGCCACCACGACGGGCCCAUCUCAUGGUUUCGUGGUGGAAACCUCAAUGCAACAGCACGAAAUCAUGCCUGCCAACGCCCUGCAGCCGUCUUCUAGUGCUUUGCAGCCGCCUUCAGCUGCUGGAAUUGCAGAACAGCCGCCACAUGACCCUGGGACCUCCACAGCCUUGCAGUCGCCAGCACCGAUUACCGGAGCUGCUCUGCCUCGCUGUCCUACCGUCGGAGCACAGCAGCAGCCACACCACUUAACUACUGGACUUGCUGCACAGCCCCAUGGCUACUCUGACAUCGUCCCAGUCUUGGAGCAGAUCCAUUCUCUCCCUCCUCUGCAAUCACACUUGACAUAUGCACCUGUGUACACGUCUAAUGGAGCCCUAGCCCACAUGCCGUUGGGCCCGAUGCACACCACUCUACUUGACCCGGGCAGUUAG